AUGCAGGCGUCAGCACCGUGGCCUCCAACUCUCGAGAAGAGCGAGAAGAGCAAGGAACUCAAUGGCGAGCACCCUGAAUCUCCACUACCGCCUCCGGCGUAUACACUUGUCAUGGAGGACGAUCCUAGGGCUGGUAGCCCGUCCAUGUCCUCAUCGAGUCUACCUGCACCCGCACCAGGGCCGUCCGGCUUCGCGGCACACACUCUACCCUCCGGUUCUCGCAGACAACCCCCUCCCAAUUCGCUCUCGCCUCCUCCUCGCCUCGGGAGUAUGCCGCAAUCAGGCUCUCUGCCAAGCUCUCCGUCAUUCUACCAUUCAACGAUACCUCACAGUCGCUCCAUGGUGUCCAUGGACGGCCACCGAGCCGAGAUUCAGGACGACACGGGUAGACCUGAUCAAGAUAAAUCACUUCCCCGCCCACCUACCGUAGAAACGACGUACCGCCGCUCCGAGUCUUUCGCAUCCUCUCCACCGAGACAACGUGCUCUAUCUGAGGCGCCUCCACGGCGAUCCGAUUCCUCGCGACCGCACGCGCUGCUAGAUGCACCAGUCGUGAACGGCUUGCACAUCAACUCACCGCGGGAUCCCAUUUCUGGGUCUUGGCGCUUGGACCCAAGUCUCGUGCCCAUAGGUGCAGCGCCCAAGCACAGCAAGAGGCGUCCAAAGAGCAAUCGCAAGGCCAUGGGCGAUACGCCUCAGUUCUCUCUUGAGACGACCGACAAACCUAUAUCAGCCAAUCUAGCCAUCAUUGGCCGACCAGGCGAUGAAGCUCGCAAGGGAGUCAUUCAUAUCACAACCAAGGCGGGCGAAGUGCGAGUCGAUGUGCAGGAGAAGACUGUAGGGCGCUUCUUCGAUCUCGACAUCUACAACAAAGAAGGCGAUACAAAGCUGUUCUUGCCUCAAGGCUUCAUGGGUGUCGUCGAACUCUACUUCAAGAAGGGGAAACUGGAGCUGCGCGAUGCUCUCAGUCGCGACCUGCGCACCCUGCGCACGACCGAGACCGAGACGCUUCUACUUGUCGGUAAAGGCGCCAUGGCCGAUCAGCAUGAGCAUGCUGACUACGUGCGGUGCGAGGUUCGCGACGGCAAGCUCAUCCUCGGUCGCACUGCAGAUGAUGAUUUCGAGGUGCCCGUACUGGGCUUUUGGUCCAAGAUGUUCUCGAAGAAGCACAGCGAGACCAAGUCGACCGAGAAAGUUACGCUCACAUGA